AUGUACGGGCUAGGUUAUCCAUUAGCAGCAUUGUCAACUUUAAGAACUUGGGCAGCCAAAAUUGUAUUAGAACCAGGAAUUUUAACCAGUGUUGUGAAUUUAAUGAAACAUAAAGGUGAAACUAUGACAGAAAAUGAAAAAUUAACUGUUUUGUCAUUUGAUGAAACUUAUUUAAGUAAAAAAAGAGAGAACAAAUUUGGGGUCCUCAUAAAUGUGUCCAAGUGGUGA